CCGCACAGGUAUAAAACCAGACGACGCACGAUUCAGCAUUCAGAAAAAUCGGAAAAGUCGACACCCAGCUGGCAAGAAGUGCAAUCAUCAAAGUCCUCGUCCAAGAUGCAUUGUAACAUGAACCUGUGGAUCGGUUGGGCAGCGUGCGCCUUCCUCUUGUUCUCCUGCUUGGGAACUCUUACGGAAGGUUACCCAACAAAACCCAACAACCCGGGUGAGGACGCACCUGCGGAAGAGCUCGCCAAGUAUUAUUCAGCAUUAAGACACUACAUCAACCUCAUAACAAGGCAGAGGUAUGGCAAAAGAUCCAGUGCUGACAACUUAAUUUCAGACCUUCUGCUUGGUGAAACAGAGUCCCACCCCCAGUCAAGAUAUGAGGACCAUUUGGUGUGGUGAUCUCAGCAAUUGUGUGUUCAUCCAGUUACGUGUCAUCAUCUGUUCAACGUUAUUACACCAACCAGGUCUCAUAAAAUUAAAAUCCUCUGUAACAUCAAGAUCAGCAACUUCUUGUGAAGCUACCACUGUCCCAAUAAGGAUAGUGAACACAUUGCAGAACAUUAAAAUAAAACACAUCAGAUCAUCGAACAGGAAAAUGUCUGUACGAGUACACGUCUGUGUGAAAUGCUCCAACAUAUAUAGUUCUGUUGAAUAUGGACUUGUAGAAAUUUGUGCUCUCUUUCAUCACAGAUCAAUGAGCCAUCCAAAAAGGUGAUUGUACAAAGGCUUACUGUGUGUAUGCCUGUUGUGUCCAUUGUAAUCCUAAAGAUCAAAGGAGAGUCAUUACUUACUGCACAGUAAAACAGUGAUAAUCAAAUCCACUAUAUUUGAAAGAGUUGUCUGUGGUCUUCUCUCAGUAAUGAUAUGGAUA